AUGAUGGAUAUAGCUCCCUAUUUUGCUUUUGCCAAAUAUGGAGUCGCGUCUGAGAAAUCAUUCCAACUGUUCUACACGUUUUCUUACGGGUCUUUCAUGAUGUAUUCCUUAUUUAUGGUACCCAACCUUCGCAAUAUAGUUCUAUCAAGAGACGAAAGGCACGAAAUCGUUUCUGGGUAUCUUCGCUCUAUUGUUCAAUGGAGUUUAGUUAUUUUCUUGUCCACUCUGCGGUACUUCAAUAUUUGGUUCAGUUUGUAUCCGUUAGUUUGCUUUCAAAUUAUGUACACAGCACUUCAUAUUACUAUAUUGUCUGAUAUAUUGAUUGUGUGGAUUCUCGAGUCAAAUCGGAGACAGGAAGAAGAGGAUGAUUUGGAUACUACUGUAGUUACUAUAGAAAUAAUUGAUAGUAGUGAUGAUGAAAAGUUGGAAGAUAACAAUUGUUUCGAACGGGAGGAUAGUGUUUUAAGAUAUCACGACUUGAAAUGCAGCGUUUGCAAAUUAUUCUACCACGAAUCGAUUAAGAAAAGAAUUCCGAAAAUGUUGUCAUGCGGACACACAGUUUGUUCUGGAUGUGCAAAAAUGCUCUACAAAUUAGACUAUGUCUAUAUCCAGUGUCCAGUAUGUAGGGAAGUGAUCGACAUUGAUUACAUUGAAUUGAAGAAGAACUACGCUCUACUCGGAAUCAUACAAGAAAUGAAGCAAGAUAAGAUGACGGUUCAACGGAGUCUUUCAUAG